AUGUCAGAAACAUCGACCACCACCAAAUCCGCUUGUCCUAUAGAUCAUCGUUCUCGUUCUGGGUUUCUUUCAUCAUUCUCUCGACAAGACACUCUGUCCGAUUCAAAUUCCAAUGCUCAAGGCUGUACGAGCGAUGCUGUCGACAAAUCCUCUCCACAAACACCCACCUCCUCCCAGCAAACACCACUAGACAAUCAACGUGUAGUCUCUUCUAUUCCUCGAUCCUCUCAAACGCCGUCCGAUUAUUGGGUUUAUCCUUCAGAACAACAAUUCUUCAAUGCUUUAAAACGUAAAAACCACGAUCCUAAUGAAGCGGAUAUGCGACCGGUAGUACAUAUACAUAAUGCAGUCAACGAACGGGCCUGGGGCGAGAUUUUAAAAUGGGAGAGGUUGCAUGAAGGCUCAAGCAAAUGUCCGGUGAAAUUGAAGAGUUUUCGGGGAAGGCCUGGAGAUUUGAGUUUCAAGGCGCGAAUGUAUGGAUUACUAGGAUAUACAUAUCCCUUUGAUAGACACGAUUGGGUAAUCGACAGGUGUGGUAAAGAAGUCCGUUAUAUAAUCGAUUUCUAUUCCGGAAAACCAGAUUCCAAAAAUCCGCAUUCAGUUAGCUUUUACAUUGAUGCGAGGCCAGCAUUAACGUUAGAAGGUGUAGUUGAUCGAAUACGAAUGACUUUUGCUUCAUGGAAUUAG